GGUCCCGUGUUUCGCAGUCGUGUCCUUUUCUGACGAUCGUCAUCUCUGUGGACUCUCUUCUUAAGUUUUCACCCGUCAACUCACAGACUGCGGCUCAUCUGACCUGGACAUCGGCUGGAAGAAGGACUCGGAACUCAUCCUCAUCACUAAAACAAAAUGCCUGGACCAGCAGUAAGUGCAACCAAUGUCGGGGCCUCGGGCCGUUCCCCCAGCAAGACGGUGGCCCCCCGCGCCGCAGGCUCCACUGUCCGACAAAGGAAAGCCACCAGCAGUGGUGCACGCAGCGGUGCCAGGACCACGGGAUCGGCGGGGACUGGUGGCAUGUGGCGCUUCUACACAGAAGACUCACCAGGCCUCAAAGUUGGCCCGGUGCCAGUGCUGGUGAUGAGUCUGCUCUUCAUUGCUUCGGUCUUCAUGCUGCACAUCUGGGGGAAGUACACCCGCUCUUAAACUCCACCUGAUGACCUCUGACCCUGCGACUCGGCCUCUUAACACAUUGGAACUGGACCAAACAAGAAAUGAACAAAAACUUUACGCUCAUAGUUCCCCUCUUCAUCAUCUUUGCAACACACAGACACAUAAAAUGGAUUGAUAUGCAACUGUUUUACUACACAUCUUCAUCUGAAGUUGGUAACCACCUUGUUUUUUUUUUGUCCACCUGUGUUUUGAACAUCUGAUCACAUAACCGGGAGUAAACAUUUCUGAUGUCUGUGUGUUUGUGUCUGUGGCUUUCUGUCGAAGCAGCAGCAGAUCUGCUGCAUGAAGGUUCAUGGCCGUGCUCAAAGAUACUACUCUUUCAGGCCAACAGCAAACAUUUCUCUUGUAGCCUGACUUGCAUUUUUGUUAACCUGCAUUUGUACAAUAAAAAAAGGAAAAAAAAAUCUCUGUGUCUAAAUUGUACUUUUCUGUGAACCUUGUUUUAACAUUAAGUCGAAUCUUGUCUUUAGAGAAAACGUUUUCUUGACAAGUUUUUCAGUUGCACGUGAGGCAGUGAUCUUGCUUUAAACUUUUGGUGAACUAUUGUGCAUUUCCAAAGGGCACUUCCACUUAGGAUGAACCCUAAAUUGCCCAUGAUGCCCUUGCUGACAUUGAAUAAAUGGUGUGUGAUAGAAAAA